AUGACCCUGAAAACCUGUCAGCUCCUCAUGGGCACUGGAAAUGGCGAGGCCACAGUAAAGGUCCUGCUGCAUCUGAAGUUGCCAGCAGCUAACAGCCCAGUCAUCCUUUCCAGCCUCAGUCUGGAAAGCUGGACCCCGCCGCCGCGUGUGCUCUUGGCUGCCCGCGCCCAGGCCCCGUGGCCACAUCAUCCUGAGGCUGGGAAGUGUGCGUUCCCGCGCCGUCGCCGCCACGGAGCCGGGUCUACGCGGGCGGCCCGUACUCGGUGUCCGGGGACAUCCUGCAUCCAGUCGCCCCCGGGAGUGGGCGGGACCGGGGCGGGCAGGGACCCCGGAGCGGUCUCUAGGACCCGCGGGACGCCGCUGGCGGGCGGGACUCAGGGCAGUAGGACUUCCCCCGGCUCUGCGCCCGCGUGGGAUGCUGCAGCGCUGGCUGCUGGGCCCCCGAAGCAGCUGCACGCCAGGCCGGCGACAAUGGCAGAGCGCCCGCCGAGGCGCGCGCCCCCCGCCCGCGCCCUCCUGCUGGCCCUGGCCGGGGCCCUGCUGGCGCCCCAGGCGGCCCGAGGGGUGAAUUUAUGGGACGAGAGAAGAGCUUAUGAAGUGGCCAGAGCCUCCCUUCUGAGCAAGGACCCUGGGGUCCCAGGACAGAGCUUCCCAGCAAAGGAUCAUCCAGAUGUGCUGACUGUGCAGCUGCAGCUGGAGAGCCGAGAACUGAUCCUAAGUCUGGAAAGGAACGAGGGACUCAUUGCCAAGGGCUUCAUGGAGACCCAUUAUCUGCAGGAUGGCACUGACGUCUCCUCCACUCGAAACUACACCGAUCACUGUUAUUACCACGGACACGUGCAAGGAGAUGCUGCCUCAAUGGUCAGCCUCAGCACUUGCUCAGGUCUCAGGGGGCUUAUCGUGUUUGAAAAUAAGACCUACAUCUUAGAGCCGAUGAAGAACACCACCGACAGGUACAAACUCGUCCCAGCUGAGAACAUGAAGAGCAUCCAGGGCUUGUGUGGGUCACAUCAUAACCAUUCCAGCCUCACCAUGGAAGCUGUCUCCACUGAACCCUCUCAAAUGUGGUCAAGAAGGCAUAAAAGAGAGACCCUUAAAAUGACCAAGUACGUGGAGCUGGUGAUUGUGGCAGACAACCGAGAGUUUCAGAGGCAAGGAAAAGAUCUGGAGAAAGUCAAGCAGCGGUUAAUAGAAAUCGCUAAUCACGUUGACAAGUUUUACAGACCCCUGAACAUCCGGAUCGUUCUGGUAGGGGUGGAAGUGUGGAACGACAUCGACAAAUGCUCUAUAAGCCAGGACCCAUUCACCAGUCUCCACGAAUUUCUGGACUGGAGGAAGAUAAAGCUUCUACCUCGCAAAUCCCACGACAACGCCCAGCUUAUCAGUGGGGUUUAUUUCCAAGGAACCACCAUCGGCAUGGCACCCAUCAUGAGCAUGUGCACCGCAGAGCAGUCUGGGGGAGUCGUCAUGGACCAUUCAGACAGCCCCCUUGGCGCUGCCGUGACCUUGGCACAUGAGCUGGGCCACAAUUUCGGAAUGAACCAUGACACCCUGGAGAGGGGCUGUAGCUGCAGAAUGGCGGCAGACAGAGGAGGCUGCAUCAUGAACCCUUCCACCGGGUUCCCGUUCCCCAUGGUGUUCAGCAGCUGUAGCAGGAAGGACCUGGAGACUAGCCUGGAGAAGGGAAUGGGGAUGUGCCUCUUCAACCUGCCAGAGGUCAAGCAGGCCUUUGGGGGCCGGAAGUGUGGAAAUGGCUACGUGGAAGAGGGAGAAGAGUGUGACUGCGGGGAACCAGAGGAAUGUACCAAUCGCUGCUGUAACGCCAGCACCUGCACUCUGAAGCCGGAUGCUGUGUGCGCGCAUGGGCAGUGCUGCGAGGACUGCCAGCUGAAGCCUCCAGGGACUGCAUGCAGACCCUCCAGCAAUUCCUGUGACCUCCCAGAAUUCUGUACAGGGACUGCCCCUCACUGCCCAGCAAACGUGUACCUUCAUGAUGGGCACCCGUGUCAGGGAGUGGAUGGUUACUGCUACAACGGCAUCUGCCAGACCCACGAGCAACAGUGUGUCACACUCUGGGGACCAGGUGCUAAACCAGCCCCUGGCAUCUGCUUCGAGAGAGUGAACUCCGCAGGGGAUCCUUAUGGCAACUGUGGCAAAGACUCCAAGAGCGCCUUCGUCAAAUGCGAGAUGAGAGAUGCCAAGUGUGGAAAAAUCCAGUGUCAAGGUGGCGCCAGUCGACCAGUCAUUGGUACCAAUGCCGUUUCCAUAGAAACAAAUAUCCCACAGCAGGAAGGAGGUCGGAUUCUGUGCCGGGGGACCCAUGUGUACUUGGGCGAUGACAUGCCAGAUCCAGGGCUUGUGCUCUCAGGAACAAAGUGUGCAGAAGGAAAAAUCUGCCUCAAUCGUCGAUGUCAGAAUGUCAGCGUCUUUGGGGUUCACAAGUGUGCAAUGCAGUGCCAUGGCCGAGGGGUGUGUAACAACAGGAAGAACUGCCACUGUGAGGCCCACUGGGCCCCUCCCUUCUGUGACAAGUUUGGUUUUGGAGGAAGCACAGAUAGUGGGCCCAUCCGGCAAGCAGAUAACCAGGGCUUGACUGUAGGGAUCCUGGUGAGCAUCCUGUGUCUGCUGGCCGCUGGAUGUGUGGUGUAUCUCAAAAGGAAGACCUUGAUGCGUCUGCUGUUCACACAUAAGAAAACCACCAUAGAAAAGCUGAGGUGUGUGCACCCUUCUCGGACACCCAGUGGUUCUCACCUUGGCCAGGCUCACCCCACCCUCGGAAAAGGCCUGCUGAUGAGCCGGCCACCACAUCCCAACACCCCCAAGGACAGGCCAUUACUGCAAAGCCAGAAGAUUGACAUCAGCAGGCCCCUCAACACUCGAGCCGUCCCUCAUCCCCAGUCACCUCGGCGAGUGCUCCCACCUCUCCACCAGGCCCCACGCGCACCUAGCGGCCCUGCCAGGCCCCUGCCUGCCAAUCCUGCACUCAGGCAGGCCCAGGGCACCCACAAACCCAGCCCUCCUCAGAAGCCUCUGCCUGCUGAUCCAUUGAGCAGGGCAUCUCGGCUCACUAGUGCCUUGGUGAGGACCCCAGGGCAGCAAGAGCCUGGGUUCCGCCCAGCCCCAAACAGACCUGCUCCUAAGCACCAAGUGCCCCGAUCUUCCCACAAUGCCUACAUCAAGUGA